AUGGAGCUGCAACUCUUCUCCGACCCAGUCACAGAGGAGGUCGAGGAGCCCAGUGUGCUGGAGUACGCGCGCGAACAAGGCAUCUGCGUCGACUACACGACCGACCUAUUGCCGCUCGCCGACCUGUGUCUGUCGCUGCGCGACACCAUUGAUCAGGACCCCCGGGAUCCUUUUUAUGACGACUUGACUAAUGCCGUCGCGGCUGCUAGCGAGCUGCUGAAGCCCAGACUGACGCUGACCACGGCCGCGGCGGGGCUUUUGAAGUCGGCGCUCACGGCCCCUGGACUCGAUGCUGAUUAUUGCUUUGCUGCAGAUGGCCGCCCGCGGAUUCGCGAUUUGAAGCACGAGCUGCCGGUGCUGCGGACGGAUCCUGAGCUUGAUAUGUUGAGCUUUGGGACGAAAUUCGAGCCUGACUUUAGGGAGCUUCGGUCGCGCAUUCCGUCAGAAGACGUGGAUGAGGAGGAGGAUGAAGGUUUUGGGUGGCCUGCUAAGUAUGCUGGGUAUCCAGCACAGGUCGAUAAGCAGAUACGGAGUGAACGACUUGUGGUGACGAGGGAUGUGCUUUUGAUUUUGCAGGGCGCGAUGAGGGAUGAUUUCACGCCUGAAGAGGACGAAAAGGUCCUGAUGGAUGCGCUCGAGAGCAGAAAGGAGUAUGUACCUCGACAUUUGACACCACCCUUGUUGCCGUUAUCACCGCCAUUGACGCCAUAUAUUCCGUCGUCGCCAGCCAAUCGUCUGCCACUUAUUCCUGAGAGCAGCGACCCGAUUGUAGCCGAAGCGAAAGCUUUGGAGCAACAGAUCAUGGCCAAAGACUCGCUCUUGCGACGCAAUUCUGGUAGUAGUGACUCGAUGCUACUUGAUGUGGGGGACCUCGACGCACUCUUUGCGGCUGACGCAGCCAGCAGCCCCCCCUCGUCGGAACGUAUCCCAACGAUCCUGAAGCGCAAAGCCGAUGAUCUCAAAGUGGAGGGACCACUGACGCCACCGAUGUUUUCAGACUCACCGAUGAAGAAACUAAAGUCGGUAUCGUUUUCCAACAUGAUUCAAGUUGGCAACACCUUGGAACCCUGGCCUGAUAAACGUCCCAGGACAUCCGACUCUCAAAUUACCAUAGAUGAGCUACUUAAGGAGAUCGAGCCUAUUGCCAAAGAGGCAAAAAGGAAAGCCGAGAACGAGAAGUUGAUUGGAGCUGACACGGUGGCUCGAGUGGACAUACCUGUUAUGGACUUCACAUUACCUGUGGCGCCCUGGGAUGAGUUCAGUCAGCGCAGGGACGGCAAGCGUCGCACAGGUACCACCGAGCUUGAGGCUCAGAUGCGAUUCCUGCACCGUGUCAAGCGCGACGAUUUGAAGUCCGCGACCACGUGGCAUGGCAUCUCUGAUCUUGAUUAUAGCUGGGGGUGGUUCGCGUCGCCAACAUCUGGCUCGAUCAAGCUCCAAGAGACGCUCCACGGCGAAACUGAUUUCAACAAGAUCCAGGCAGAGCUCACGACGGGUACAAUUGCGACAAGUUCGACUGAGUUGUGGAAGAGGGAUGGGCUCCGCCUGCUGGAUGAGGUGGAGGAUGAGUAUGAGGACGAGGAUGAAGUUGAGCCGGCUGAGUUUGAGGAACGCGAUGAUAUGGAUGCUUUGAUUCGCAAACGGAAGCUGGAGAUGGAGGAUCAAGACCAACUGACGGGGACUCAUCGUACAAGUAAAGAUAUCGCUACAGUACAGCCAGUAACUCAGUUCCGCCACCAGCCGUUGCACGGAAGUUCCCCCGCGCAGGAGAGGUUCGCGGGAGUUCAUGAUCCCCACAAAACUCACCGAACUACAAAAGAGUCACAAUCAAGACAAACGCGAUCAACUCGACCUCCAACUACAGCCGCCGCAGAGCAGAAGCACGCGCCAACCGAGCUUAUGUUCGGCGGGUUUUCUGCUACCACAGCGUUGCAUAAGUUUAUGGAGACACAAGGCAAAGCGAUCCAGCUGGAGAAAAUCACUCCAGAAUCGAACAAUUCUGCUGCUCCUGCCGUUCAGAAUUUGACCUUCGACGAUAGUAAUACGUCCGGUGAGUCUAGGUUGCUUGCCUUUCAGAGAUCAGCACAUGCAGCAGAGCACCCAAAACACGCUACGCCUGAGCAAAUAUCUCCAUUCAACCUACCAGUCUGCUCACUAGUCAUCUCAUCAACUCUUCUCCAGCGACGGGCUCUAGUCAAAGAAGUCGAGCGCCUCCAUCCGAAAGCCGAGCUCAUUUACCGCGACUACAUCCUCCCGCACUCCGGUCACACAGAUGCAGACAUCAUCCUUUCGCCCUCCACCGGCGUGCUCCUCACCACACUGCAACAGAUCAAACAGCAGCCUCUCCCCGGCCAGAAAGCGCUAUCGCCGGUCAAAGAGCGCAUGCUGUUGCUGCAAGAGCGAUAUGAGAGGCUCGUGGUGCUGGUCAGUGAGGGUCUGAGGGAGGAGAGUAGCAGCAGGCCAGAGGAUGUACGGGACAAGGAAACGUUGAAACGGCUUGGGCUGUUUGCGGCUAAACUCGAAGGUGAUAUUGCUGUUACUUAUGUCCCGGGUGGGGAGCAGGCAUUUGCUAGAGCGAUCGUGGAGAGUGUCCAGGUAUAUGGUCUCCCACAUGGUGGUGAGGAUAUGCACGACAUCAAGUUGCUUCCUGUCGAAACUACUUGGGAAGUCUUUCUCGGCCGUGCAGGCCUCAAUCCGUUUGCAGCACAGGUCAUCAUCGCCUCUCUCAAGAUACCAACAACAUUUUCCGUGACUCCAAGUUUAAUGAGUUCGCCGACAAGCUACUCAUCGCAGGAGACUGUAGAAGCUACAGGACUAUCAACAUUCUUGUUGAUGGAUCAAGACGAUAGGGCUAAGCACUUCCAGGCGAUUAUGGGAGGAAGGCGUAUCCUGGAUAGAGUGAGUGCGUUACUAGAUCAGCGGUGGCCGAGCGCUGCGCACGGGUUCAGAAUGUAAGAAGUCACAAGCGAGCUGUUGACAAGAUGUAGCUUCAUCUAAGUGGUCCAAUCUCAAAUCGCC